AUGCCACUCUUCCGCUCCUCAUCCGGCUUAGACGCCAUCCUCAGCCGUCCGGAAGACGACGGAGUCGUAAACCAUCUCCUCUCCAACCCCCUCUCGACAAUAGCCAGAUAUCUCUACGACUUUUUCCCCGUUUCGCAUCCCGUGGUGUAUCCCCACCGCAACGGCAACGACGGCAACAACGACGACGCCGUGACCGUAGUCUGCGUCUCCGACACACACAACACCAAACCGCGCCUGCCGCCGGGAGACGUCCUCGUGCACGCGGGCGACCUCACGGCCUCGGGCACCAAGAGGGAGCUGAGGGAGGCGUUGAGGUGGAUUCGGGCGCAGCCGCACCGGUUCAAGGUCGUUGUUGCGGGGAAUCAUGAUUUGUGUUUGGAUGAGGCGGGGUAUGGACGGAGGAGGGGCGAGAAGGGGAUCAGGGUUGGUGGACAGUCACAAGAUAACGAUAGUUACUCGAUCACAAGCAGAAGAGAUGAAGAUGAAGAUGACGACGACGACGGCGACGGAUCACCUCUGGACUGGGGCGACAUCAUCUACCUAAACCGCACAACAACGACCCUCACGAUACCCCCGCGCCGCCCCAACGACGGGAACAGGACGUACGCUGACCGCAAGAUCCGCAUCUACGGUAGUCCGUAUACGCCGCGACACGGAAACUGGGCCUUUCAGUAUCCGCGCUCCGGCGGCGCUGCCCCCUAUUGCUCCUCUUCCUCCUCUUUCUCCUCCUCCUCCACCACCUCCACCACCUCCUGGCGCAAGGCCGACGUCGACAACGACAGCGACAACUCAGGCGACCCCUGGCGCGGCACCAUCCCGCCCGGAACAGACAUCCUCGUCACCCACGCGCCGCCAAAGGGCCACAUGGACGACCCGCGCGGCCACUGGGGGUGCGAGAUGCUCCUGGCCGAAGUCUGGCGCGCGCGGCCGCGGCUGCACGUCUUUGGGCACGUGCACUGCGGUCGCGGGCGGGAGGCGGUCGCGUUUGACGGGCUGCAGGCGGCGUACGAGGAGGUGGUCUUGUUGGAGGCUGAGGCUUUUGCGGUGGCUGCUGCUGGCGGCGGCGGCGGCGGCGGCGGUGGUGGUGGUUGUGGUGGUGUAGGUAAUGUGGUGAUGGCUUGGGUCAAGGCCUUGCUUGGUCUGGGCUGGUGUUUCUUGGUCUGGGGAUGGGUGCUGUGGUGGCAAGGGGGACGGAGGCGUACGGGGAGGACUGUAUUUGUGAAUGCUGCUGCUGUUGGGGGCGUUCAGGAUCGUUUGGUGCGGGAGGCUAUUGUUGUGAGGAUAUAG